AGCAGCGGCCACGGAACGUAUCGUACGGCUCGACGUUCGGUCACAGAAUAGAUUAAAUUUAUUCUGUGGUUCGGUGACGAAAUAUAUUAUCAGCUGUCGCGUUAUCAGCAGUCUCGAUAGUACGUGAUGUUGUCAGGCCGUAUGUUUUGUUUUCGCCAAAAAGUACAUAAGUAAAUAAACUCCCGAUUCGGAAAAUAUGUGAAAUUUCAAAUCCAAUCGGGUAGUAUAAGUGUACGAACGCGAUCACGGGUUGAACGACGCACGGUGUUACUACGCGGUUGUCGCGUUUUGCGACUCUACCCGGUCGCGGUUCCGGUCCUGCCUGAAGACGAUCUUCGAACUCGACUAACGACUACGCGAUGAAGUUAAUCGUCAGAACGUCUCGGUGCCUUGCAGCCAACAAUUGCAGACUACUGACUGCCGAGAACCAUACGUACCAAAACAGUAGAUUCUUCAAGAAUUCAGUUAUUUUGCAGUUUCCAAGUAAAGAACCAUUAAAAACAGAUGCAAAACCUUCAGUGGUUCCUCCUUAUAUAAGUGUUGAUAAUGCUAAUCAAUCAUCCCAAAUAUCCCAAAAGAAAAAUUCUCAGUUGAACAACUCUGUUCUUAAGCAAGAAAGUAAACUUGACAAAGAAGAUAUAAAUGAGCAUAAGUUAUUAAAUGAUAAUACAUUUGCCAUGCGACUUGUAAAUAAAAUUGAAAAUUGGUCACCAUCAACUGCAAAAUAUGCAAGACUGAGUAUUUUUGGGUGUAAAUAUCUAUACAAAGAUGUUCUAGUGUUGUUGUCUGCUUAUAAAAAGUAUUACUCUUCUGGUUUAUCAUCAUUGACUUAUGCUGAAUUGGAGUUAAAAUAUAGACUACCAUUACAACUAGUUCGUUUGACACCAAUCCUUAUUUUUUGGCCUAUACCAUUUACUAAUUUGUUUUUGUUUCCAUUAGCAUUUAUGUUUCCGAGGUAUUUGUUGUCUGAACAUUUUUGGACAGAUGAGCAACUUAAAGAGUAUUGGAUAAAAGACCAACAAAAAAAAUUUGAACAUAAUAUUCGAGUUUUUGAGCAUUUGAGUCUAAUGGCUGAAGAAUGUUCAGAUGAAAUGCUUUUGAAAUGGUUCCGUGUGAUUGAAUGUUUGGGAGCUGGAGGUGUUUCACCUGUAGAUGAUAUUAUACAAGCUAUACCAGUUUUUACAAUGUUUCCUUAUCAUUUUAGUACUUUACCUAGACAACAUAUUACUGUACUAUUAAAAAUGUAUAAUCUCCAUCGUGGCUGGAGAAGAAGAGUUAGGUUAAAGAAAUUAGCUCAAUAUAUUCAAUUAAUGGAUAAGGCAAUAAUUUCUGAAGGAGGACCGGAUAAAUUAAAUGAUAGGCAAUUAAAAUGGGCCUGUUUAUUUAGAGGUUUGAAUCCUUUUUCAUCUUCAAGAGAAACACUUGUUUUAUACUUAGAAAAUUGGAUAAAGAUCUCUUCAAAAAUUGAAAAAGAUUCACUCAGUUGCAUACUUCAUUGUCAAGUUCUGUUAUCAUUAAACAGACCAGAAAAUGAUAUCCUAAAAAAGACAGAAUAAUCAAUGGUGCUUUUUAAUGAUAAAAUAAAUAACUAUUAAUGUGUAGACAGAAUUAUGCCAUUGUAAUUUCAUAAUAAUAAAAUCUAGUCUGUUCUUUGUUUCGUAGUAUGUUAAUCAAUAUUUUGCGAGAAAGAAUUUAAGUCCAGUGGUGUUGAUAAUAUUCUGUCUUGGUGAUAUUUUAUUUUGUUACGUUGUAAUUUUGUUAAAUAAAUAGUGUUUUUUUAAUUUUAA